CAAGUCUUCUUCUUCUUCUUCAACAACACAAACCCCACCCCCCCAAAUUCAUUCAAUUCCAUACUUUACAAUUACUUUUUCACCUUUCAAUCUGCAAUAAUAAUUAAAUUAAAUAUAAACUAAAAAACUCUUGUAAAUCAUAAAUCUGUUUAAUUUCUUUGCAUUAUCCACUUCCCAUUGUUGAAUCCAAUACCCAGAAUGCAUUACGGAUUUCGAUAACCCUAAUUUUCACCUUCAAUUAUGGAAGACCCACAAGUAGUUCAUGCCGAUGAGAAUAAGGCUAUUACAGACAAGAAACCUAAGAGAACUGUCAAGACACCAGAUCAAAUUGCAGCACUUGAGAACUUUUAUAAUGAACACAAGUAUCCCUCUGAGGCAAUGAAAGCAAAAUUUGCUGAGUCAAUACGUCUAACAGAAAAGCAAGUUUCUGGUUGGUUUUGUCACAGAAGAUUAAAAGACAAAAAACUACCCAAUGAUGAAGGGCAGGCACAGGGAAAACAAGAUUUGUCAAGUGGUGUCAUACAGGAUCGCGGCAGUGGACUCAGACAAGAUUCUUGUGGCAGUACCAAACAAGGAGAUAACAAGCAUUUUGAUCCAAAAGAAGUUGAGAGCAGAAGAUUUACUACUGAAGGACUUUUACCGAUAGAACUUCGGUUUGACCAUGGAAAUCAACAUAACAGUAUGAUGGAAAUGGAUGAUGAUACAUCUUCAGGAAGUAGCUCGCCAUUGAAGGAUAAUUUCCACCUACAAAAUGUCGAUUGUUUAGUGAGGUCAAAAUAUCCAACUCAUAAAGAUGUAAAUAGUGUAAAGAGCAAGCCGGGUCCAUCAGGAUAUUUAAAGGUGAGAGGUCAAGCAGAGAAUGCUGCAAUCAUAGCUGUCAGAAGGCAAUUGGGAAGGCAUUAUCGUGAGGAUGGUCCACCACUUGGUACUGAAUUUGAUACACUUCCUCCUGGAGCAUUUGAGAACCCAGUCACGUUUCCAGUCAACCAGCCCUACUAUGUUGGUGAUCCUACUGCCCUUCAUCCACCGGAUAGUUCUAAGACAUUUCAACUUCCUAGUGCAAGCAAGAUGCUUGAAAGAUACAACCCGAAGAACUACCACCCUCUUGAUUUGGAUGAGUCAGGAUUUGAGAUAAGACAUGCAUCCAGGCAUUAUGAGAAACACGCUAACAACCAAUAUAAACAAACACCUCAUUUUUCGAAACAUAUACGCUCUCAAUCUGGGAGGAGUUCGCAGAUGGAAGUAAAUGGCGGUUCUGAUGAAGAAGUUUCAGUUCAUGGCCAUAAAGAGAUCUUUGAGACGAGAAUAAAACACGGUCCUGGAGUAAGGAGAGCAGAAUCUCAGUCUAACCGCAGUCGAGUUGGCUAUGGGAUAAACAUUGAUGUUAUGCAAGUACAGAACUACCCACGUAGCCAUCACAGCGGCCCUUCAAAGGUCAACUAUAGAGAUAAUAUUGAUCAUUUGACUUCUGAUUUGAAUGUUAAACGAGGUGAAUACGUUGAUUUUGAAGACAAAGGGAUAUAUAGGAGAACACCCAAGGAUGACUUGUUCGAUGGAGAAAGAAGAGGAACUGAUGAAUACUCCAAACUGGUUUCGGUAAAGAUUCAUCCAGGAAAUGAAAUGCAGAGAAGUAGGGAUGACCUCAUAUGUCAAGCGUAUCCAAGUAAAGAAGCAAUGGUUGAUCUACCUCCAAGAACCAACAUGACUAAAAGGUCGACUCUGCAGAUGACCUCUAGUUUUAGCAAUGAUGAAAAUGCGGAAACUACUUCUUCGGGUGAUUGAGAAACUAUUGUGUUGUGAAAGGAAAGUGUAGUUGUUUAAUAGUUUAAAUUCUGAAAAGCGGGAAACUGAGAGUAGUGACAUUGUAAGCAGGAUAUGUAAGCUUUUCAGGUAUGAGAUUCCAACCAAUACAUUGCACUGCUUGACCACUUCUUUUGAAGUUGUAUAUAUUAGCAGUUUAUGGUGAAAA